CUCAUUACUCCCUCCUACACACUCAAAAAAAUGGCUCAAAUUUUCUCGACACCCAAACAAACUUAUCUCUCAUUCUUUCUCUUUCUCCUUUCAUUUCUUCCACUUUCUAGGCCAUUCACCGUCAUCAUGUCCGACUCGGGCGUGCCGUCGGCUUUAAUAGAUGGACCCCAAACCGGGUUUUCCAUGAACAGCAACGACGGAGCCCGAACCGACCCGAAAGAGCAAGAAGCGGUGUACGACAUCAUGAGGGCUACCGGCAACGACUGGGCCACUGACAUACCCGACGUCUGCCGUGGCCGGUGGCACGGCAUUGAGUGUAUGCCAGACAAGGACAAUGUCUUUCACGUCGUUUCGUUGUCGUUCGGUGCCUUAUCAGACGAUACGGCGUUCCCCACUUGUGACCCGACCCGUUCUCAUAUCUCACCCUCCGUCACCAAGCUUCCACACCUUCGAACCCUUUUCUUCUACCGUUGUUUGACCAAUAAGCCUCAACCCAUUCCCUCGUUCUUGGGUCAGUUGGGUCCAACGCUUCAGACCUUGGUGCUCAGAGAAAACGGGCACGUGGGUCACAUCCCUACUGAAUUGGGUAACUUGACCCGGUUAAGAGUUCUUGAUCUCCAUAAAAAUAACUUCAACGGGUCAAUUCCGGACUCUCUGAACCGAGUCACCGGUUUAUGGUCGUUAGAUUUGAGCGCGAAUAGAUUAACCGGUUUGAUACCCAACUUCAGCUUCCCUGUGUUGAGUAUAAUCGAUUUGAGCCAAAAUCUUCUUGUGGGUUCGAUUCCUUCUGGGAUAACAACUUGUCGUUCGUUGAUAAAGAUCGAUUUUAGCCGAAAUCGAUUGACGGGUUCAAUACCCGACUCGAUAGAUAACUUGAAAGAUCUUACUCUUAUCGAUUUAAGCUACAACCAUCUCACGGGUCCUCCAAUACCAGGCUCGCUUAAGAGCUUAGUUUCUCUCCAAGCUUUGAUUCUCAAAGGGAAUCCAAUGGGGUCGGAAACGAUUCCCGGUGAUGGGUUCGAGGGAAUGAAGAGUUUAAUGGUGUUGAUUCUAUCAAACAUGAACUUGCGUGGUCCAAUCCCUGCUUCGCUUGGCCACUUGCCAAAUCUUCGAGUACUUCAUCUUGAUGGAAACCACUUCAACGGUUCGAUUCCCACAAGUUUGAAAGAGCUGAAAGGUAUAAGUGAGCUGAGAUUAAACGACAAUUGGCUAAGUGGGGAAGUUCCAUUUGGGAGAGAAUUGGUUUGGAGAAUGAGAAAGAAGCUAAGGCUUUACAACAACUCAGGGCUCUGUUUUAGUGGGAAUAGUGGUCUCGAUGACUAUUUGGAUUCGUCGUUUAAUUCUGGUAUCGGUCUGUGUGACAUGCCCAAACCCGGUUCGGGUAGAACGGUUCAACAUAUGUUUACUACUCAGCUUGACUCAGCUAACGUAUCAUAUAGUACAGUUCAUCAAGUCUCUAUUCGUGCUUUGUUGCUUCAGAUAGUUAUAUCUUUCAUUCUUGUGCUUUUGUUGUAAGAAGAUUGGAUUGUAACUAUAACACACACCGGCUGUACACUCUAGUGUUUUUCUUUAGAUGUCUUACAAGUAUGUUAUAAUAUUUUUUUGUAGGUACAA